AUGGAUUUUGAAGGGACACCGAAGAAGGAGAUGGAAGGAGAAGCAAGUGUGACGAGUUCGAAGAUGAAGGGUGCUGGAAAUCUAAGUAGUAAAGAUAUGAUUUUCAGAGCUGAUAGGAUUGAUCUCAAGAAUAUAGAUGCUCAAUUGGAAAAGCACUUGAGCAGGGUUUGGUCGAGAAAUACUAAUGAACCGAAAAGGCCUAAGGAAGAAUGGGAGAUUGAAUUAGCAAAACUGAAUUUGCGAUAUGUUGUUGCUCAUGGUGCUUAUGGUACUGUCUAUAGAGGCACAUAUGAUACUCAAGAUGUUGCAGUGAAAGUGUUGGAUUGGGGUGAUGAUGGUGUUGCCACCGCUGCUGAAACUGCCGCUUUACGCGCAUCUUUUAGGCAGGAGGUUGCUGUCUGGCACAAACUUGACCAUCCAAAUGUCACAAAGUUUGUUGGAGCUUCAAUGGGAACUUCCAAUCUUAAGAUUCCUGCCAAAAACUCUUCGACCGACAAUCAAGAGACCCUUCCUUCUAGGGCAUGUUGUGUUAUCGUCGAGUUUCUCCCUGGUGGAACUCUGAAACAGUACUUAAUCAAAAAUAGGCGGAAGAAACUUGCUUAUAAGAUUGUGGUUCAGCUUGCUCUGGACCUCUCCAGAGGUCUUAACUAUCUGCAUUCGAAGAAGAUUGUUCAUCGUGAUGUUAAGACGGAGAAUAUGUUGCUAGAUGGUAACCGGAAUCUAAAGAUAGCUGAUUUUGGAGUUGCUCGCGUUGAAGCUAUGAAUCCGAGUGACAUGACUGGUGAAACUGGAACCCUCGGAUAUAUGGCUCCCGAGGUUUUGGAUGGUAAACCUUACAACAGGACAUGUGAUGUCUAUAGCUUUGGCAUUUGCUUGUGGGAAAUUUAUUGCUGUGAUAUGCCUUAUGCAGAUCUAAGCUUUGCGGACGUGUCUUCUGCUGUCGUCCGUCAGAAUUUACGACCAGACAUUCCGAGGUGUUGUCCAAGUGCAUUGGUGAACAUCAUGCGUAAGUGCUGGGAUGGGAAUCCGAGUAGACGUCCGGAAAUGGCCAAUGUGGUUAGAAUGCUGGAAGCACUGGAUACAAGCAAAGGUGGCGGAAUGAUACCGGAAGAUCAGAGAUCAGGCUGCUUUUGUUUUGCACCGGCUCGAGGCCCUUGA